ACGAAUUCGAAUGUCAAAAAUCGUCAUCAAAAUCAUCAACCUGCAACCACCGCUGCAGUCAUCAACCAAAACAAAACAUUCUUCGCACCGUUUUGGUUGGAAAUCCGUUUGCAAAUCGGUUUGGAAACCGCUCCAGACGAUGCACACAGCGCCGGCAUGGCUUCAGACUACCUAAACAGCACCCAGAACCUGGUCCACCCGGACUGGGAGGUGGUGGACCCAACGCCGGACAUUCACGUUCUGUUUCCGAUAUUCGACCGGAAGUUCUUCCAGGGUAAGUUGUCCUGUGUGGAGCUGGAGUGGAGCAAAAGGAUGUACAGCUGCGCGGGAAUUUGUUACCAGCGGGUGAAUCGGCUCGGCCGCAGUUGUAUCAUACGGUUGAGCGAACCGCUGCUGAAGCUGAGGGCCCGGAAGGAUCUUGUGGAAACGUUGCUGCACGAGAUGAUCCAUGCGUACUGUUUUGUGCUGGGGAUUCGCGAAGGGAACGGAGGACAUGGACCGAAUUUCAAGAAGAUUAUGCACGGGAUCAAUAGGAUCGCCGGGACGAAUAUAACGGUCUACCACACCUUCCACGAUGAGGUCAACCUCUACAAGACGCACUGGUGGAAAUGCAACGGGCCGUGCCGAAACCGUGGACCGUUCUACGGAAUGGUGAAACGAACGGCCAACCGGAAGCCGGGCCCUUCGGACCAGUGGUUUGCCGAACAUCAGCGUAGCUGCGGCGGAGAGUUCAUCAAGAUCCGGGAACCGGAACCGAAACGAAAGAAAGCCAGCAAUAAGGAAAAUGAGCCGCGUCCAUUGGGAUCGCAGUCGACGACGGCGGCGGCUGGAAAGAAGUCGAAGACGAAAACGAGUCCCGCCAAAGUUCCGGAGGGGAAUAGGAUUUCGAAUUAUUUCAAUAAUACUGGGGGAAAGGGUACAACGACUCCGCAAAAUAUGAAUGGAUUCAAGAAGCCUUACACGGCGACGGCACCGAACAUGGGAGGCAGGACGGUUGUGAUACGGAAACCGCCUGCUACGACUACCAAUAAACCUACGACAGAGCAAGUCGCUGCUCCGGUUCCAGUGAAAAAACCCGCUCCAGUCGUUCCGCCAGGAAGCAACCUCAAGAACGUCAAACAGUUCAAAGAUCUCAACGACGAGGGUUCGCCCAGUCCAAAGAUGAAAGCUUCACCACCGCCUCUGUUCACCGGAAGUGGUCAAACAUUGGGUGGACCUUCGUCUGGUCCUGGAAGAGCCGGUCAACCGGGUAGUUCCCGAAAUAGCCGUCUGUUGGAUCAGUUCCCGCCUCAGGAAAAGAAACCUAGAGUAUCCGAAACGCCUGAACCGGCUGUGGAUCUUUCAGACGAUACCGAUGACCACAUAUUCGAGGAGAUCGACCUCGACCGGAUCAAGCGGGAACGUCAGGAGUCGAUCCGAAAGGAAAUCAUGGAAUCCUUCGCCGACGAUGACUUGGAAGAGAUCGUUCUCAUCGAUGACGAGUACGAUGACAAUGCCGUUGAUAUGGGUUGCUUAGAUGAUUCCCUCACGGACACAUCGGUCAUUGACGAACUUUUUAACGAGCAGGAUGCCUUGAUUGAGGAGUUCAAUACGAACAACUUCAAGCACAAACCCACCAGCGAAGAGGACGAAAUCGUAUCCUGCCCUAUGUGUCUCAAAAAGAUCAAACGCUCGCAAGUGGCGCCCCAUCUGGAACGGUGCUACUCGAUCAUACUCGGGGAGGAAGAUGCUCAGGAAAUCGACCGGCAAGAACCAGCGGCCUUCGAUCCGAACCAACCGUCAACGUCGAAAGCCGGAACAACGGCCAAGUCAAAACCGAAAGACAAAACCGUUGACAAGUCGAAAGUUCCGUCCCAGAAGGACCUGGAACGAGAAGAGAACCGGAAGUUGCUGCUCGAGUGUGGCUAUAGCGAGGAGGACAUUGCCAAGGCACUGGUCACCAUGGAACAAGAGGAGAGUGAACCAUCGGGAAGACUGACGGCGACCGAGUCUAGCGAUUCAACACGGAUGUUGCAGGAUGGCGAUGAGAUUGAUCUAACCGGAGCCGAUGCCAUUGGGGAGGACUGCGAGUGCCCGGUUUGCGGGCGGAAUGUUCCAUUCGAGCGGAUCAAUCAACACUUGGAUGGUUGUUUGGGAGCGUGACGAAUAAUUGUACGUUUACUUAUUUUUGGAAGUUAUUUUUUAAUCGUCGUACUGUUGAUAAAUUUAUUACAAAAAUCGUUAUAAAAUA